UCUUCAACCUACAAAAUAUCUUGGCAGGCAAGUAAAGAAAACAAAAUGGGACGAUUCGUGAAGAGACAUCGUUGGUUCUUUUUAGUCGUGGUAUCUCUCUAUUUUGUAGCUAUUUUUGUUUUUCUCAAUAACACAAUCGAGUCUGACAACUUUAUGAAGGCAAUCCAAGAAUUACACAAUGAAGUGCGCAGUUUCGGACAAUCGCUGCAAAACUCAUUUGACAAGUUCAAACCUGCGCCAUCAAAGCCCGAUCAGGAAAAAGCUAAUCCAAACUUGGUACCACCUGACGCACCACGUGACAUCAAUAAAUCAACCAACAAAACCUUUGUGGGCAACAAGCUACGCAAAGACUCACACACUUUUCAAAGAGCCGUUACGACUAACGCCAUGGAACUAAUGGACUGGAACGACUACGAACUAAUGGCCAGGGAUGCUGAAAGACAAGGUCCUGGGGAACAUGGUCGAGGCUUCACUCAAAAUUUGACAGCUGAAGAACUAAAAAUUGUGGCAAGUCUAAAAGAAAGAUACAAAUACAACGCCUACGCUAGCGAUCAUAUUUCUUUGGAAAGAAGUUUGAACGAUAGCAGGACAGAGGUGUGCAAGAAGAAACUGUUCCUUAAAAACUUGCCAGAAAAUUCUGUCAGUUUUGUGACGAUAUUCCACAACGAAAGGAACUCUACUUUACUUAGAACUAUCCAUGGUAUAGUCAACAGAUCGCCAAAAAAACUUUUGCGUGAAAUUGUUGUGGUGGAUGAUUUUAGCACCAACGAAGAACUGAAAGCACCUCUUGAAGAAUAUAUUGCCCAACAUUUCACAAACGUCAGAAUUGUACGAAAUAAACAACGGGAAGGAUUAAUACGAAGUCGAAUUAUAGGUGCCAAUCAAACCACUGGAAGUUUUCUGGUUUUCCUCGAUGCUCAUGUGGAAGUAAAUGUCAACUUUUUACCGCCUCUCAUUGAGCCGAUGGUAUUGGAUUAUAGAACCAUAGUUUGUCCAAUGAUAGACAACACAGUGGAUGAAACUUUAGAAGUUCGUGGGCUUAUCUAUAGAGAACGAGGGGCUUUUGAUUGGGCUUUGGUGUAUCAGAGACUUCCUGUACAUCAAGCAGACGAGUCUGUCCCGCAUAACGUCACGUCCAUGAUCGGGUGCGCCAUGGCCAUCUCACGCAGGUGGUGGGAAGAGAUCGGUAUGUUUGACCCCGGUCUUGAGAUCUGGGGAGGGGAACAGUUCGAAAUCUCUUUCAAGUCCUGGAUGUGUGGCGGGCGGGUUGUGGACGCCCCUUGUUCACGUGUUGCACAUGUUUUUAGAAGCCUGCCGUACGUACAACAGCUACUCAAAACUAAAGUGGAUCAAAGAAAUCUCUUACGCGUUGCUUUAGUUUGGAUGGAUGAAUACAAGGAAUAUUUCUUCCAGAGAAGACCUGCGCUAAAAACUGUAGAUCCUGGAAAUUUGACAAGUCAAUUUGAACUGCGAAAAAGACUCAAUUGCAAAUCAUUUGACUGGUUUAUGAAAGAGGUUGCCCCUGAUAUCCCCAAAUACUUUCCACUUGUAGAGCCACCUCUAAUGGCCUGGGGCAAAAUUAAAAGCGUUCGGAAUAACUCUUUGUGCAUUUCCGGAGAGACUCAGUCAUUAUCAGUGGUGGAGUGCAGUCACAGAAACGCCAGUACCUUCAUGUACAACUGGCGACUCCAAGUGAGGAGAUACGAUAAAUGCUUCUGCAACGCAUGGGGCAACCAAAUCGUCAUGUGGGGCUGUUUUCUAUUUGAAGAGAAACCCACUGAGCUGUUUCUCUGGGAUAGAGCUUCGGGUCUGAUUGUCAACGGACACACAAAAAUGUGCGUUGAUUUUCAAUUCCGUACAUUUCAAUUGCAAACAUCACCCUGCAAUAAAACCUCACCGACUCAAUCUUGGACUUUUGAAUCCUAUAACACAACAUCUGUAGAUUCAACCUGGGAGACACAUAAACAUUUACUCAACAUGACACUGACAUAAGUUAUUUAGGUAUCUAUUUUGUAUAGAAUUUGUAUUGGAACCAAUAAUCAUGAAUACACAAUAUUUUUGUCUAAUGCUGUAAUCAGUUUCACAUCUUGGAUUUGGAUUCGAACGCUUGGAGCUUGAAUCUUUAUAGCUUCGAACAUGCGAAGUUUGAAUCACAAUGACGUCAGCAUUAACUUGACCUUUAGAACUACUGCAAAAAGUCGUGUUUUUUUGUGUGUGUUUUUUUUUUGUCCUAAAAAUACGAUACUUUAUAUAGGGUGGUAGCUGUACAACUUAUGAUUUGCCGAAAAGUUUGAUCAACUACACCAUUAAGUCUAGUUUUUAGUUUACUUCUUUUUCGCUCUAGUAAAGAUUUAUCCCCGGAUGAGCGUAUAAAUGUCUGAUAUCCAUAAUUUUAACACUUAAAGGGUUAGACUGACUAGUGUUCUGUAGCAUAACCGAAAUAUGGACUAUAGACUCAAUACGGCCAAAAGAAACAUAAUCAAAAUGUAAUUUGCCAUUUUAUUAUUAUUUUUUUUAACAGUUAUUAAAAUUAUUAUUUGAUGAAAACAAAAAGUUGUGUCUAAAGUUAGUCGGUAACUCAAGUAGGGUGCAUGUUCAAGGAAACAAAAAGUGUCUAAAGUUAGUCGGUAACUCAAGGAGGGUGCAUGUUCAAAGAAACAAAAAGUUGUGUCUAAAGUUAGUCGGUAACUCAAGUAGGGUGCAUGUUCAAGGAAACAAAAAGUUGUGUCUAAAGUUAGUCGGUAACUCAAGGAGGGUGCAUGUUCAAAGAAA